AUGUUACCAGCAGUCACUUCGUACUCGACGGGGAGCUUCCAUGGGUGUACUGCAACGCGGUUGUUAUCAAGGAUCGUUGCCCUCUGGAAGAAGCCAUCAAGGAUGUCAUACGGGACCUGGCCGAGGUCUUACCUGCUGACGACUUGCGCCGACCACCUCGGAGGUCGGACUUUUGCAAGAAAUGGUGAUUACUAUAUGAGGUUCGAGAACUAUAUCUAUUGUGACCAGUACUAG